UGUCACAUCUGUCACUGUGGUUCCAAUUUUUCGGCACUGCUUCUUUUGUGGACGGAUUUAAUUGUCGAGCCGAUUCGAUUCGUAGAAGGUCCAUUCCGAAAAGAUGUGGUUCGAAAUCCUGCCCUCGUUCGGUAUCAUUACGGCCGUGCUGUCCGUGCCCGGAUUCGCCCUGUACGGUCUGCACAAGCUGACGCUGGACAAUGCCUACCGACGCAACACCGAUGAGAGAUGGGAGCGUAUCCUCUACGUCCGGGACAUGAGACUUACGGGAAACCCCUACAAGUCUAACGGUUUGGAGGCCAUUCCGGAUCAGUAAACUUUGAUUGUAAUUGAUCUAUUCAUGUAGAGUAAACCGGAACUUGUUAACCACUAUAAAA